UCAACAACCACGACCCCAACAACCAAUGCAAUAACCUUUUGCAGCAACAUCUGCUUCCACCGCAGCAUUUAUCUUCCAGCCACCUCUUCGCACCCCAAAUCACGCGUAACUUUUGCGACAAGCACGAAUUUCGACAAUGAUGCAUUGCCGGUGAUUUUGUUUUGCCAUCCUAUGGGUGCUGCUAGGUAUCUGAUGUUUGGAUUUGAGGAAGUAGCAAAGAGGUGCGGAGUUAGAGUGUUGAUCAUUGAUCGACCAGGGUUUGGAGGCUCAACUCCAGUCCCUGUGGAUCAAAGAGUGACCACAUGGUUGGAAGCUGUUCCUGCUGUGCUGGGGUAUUUGAAUGUCAAACAUGUGGCUGUGGUAUCGCAUUCUGCAGGCACGAUAUAUGCUAUCAAUACUGUGGUCAAGUUGUCGCAUUUCUUGCAUCCUAGGAGGCCUUUUGUGGCUUGUUUUGCACCAUGGGUCCAUCCCAAACACUCCUCAGCUCCUCUGAUGCAAGUCGUAGAUAAACUCCCUACUUCUUGGGUAGGGAAUCUCCAUCACAUUCAAGGGUUUGUGGCUGGGUAUAUCGCACCUUCUAUUUCCUUUUCCGCCGCAAAACUUGGAGUUGGUGAGGCGUUGGAUGAACAAACUUGUUCAACGACGUUUGGGAUGAAUGUCUCGACAAGAAGAGAAGUAGAGAAAUUACAGGGAAAGUGGCAGAGAUGUGAGGAUNACGAGGAUUGGGGUGUUUAUUCCUCAUUGCCAAAGGCGAUUGAUGCGUUGAAGAUGGGUUAUGGUAUUGAUCCGUCCCCUUCUGCCUCUGCCUCUUCUGCCUCUUCCACCAAUUCACCUUCUGCCUCCUCUUCCACCAAACCUCGCAAACUCAGCUUCCACGUCUACUUCUCCUCUUCAGACGUCAUGAUUGGAAAAGGUGGACAGCAAUACUUUGAAGAUUGUUGGAGGCAAGGAGACACGCAGAAAGAGAUAGAGUUUGUGGCAAAGACGGUGCCUGAUACUGAUCAUGAUAGUAUUAUUUUGGCGGAAAAGGGAUGUAUUGAGGAAGUUUUUGGGGAGGUCGGGAAGCGUGAUGGGUGA